AUGGAGGAUAUUAUAGAGGACUAUGAAAAGAAGAAGAAGGAGUAUGAGGCUGCCUUGGCUAACAUUGUAGAGAUUGAUAACAAACUCGAUCGUCUCACUGAAGAAUUGGAAAAGGAGAAAGAGAAUUUGAAGCGUUUAAAGGAGGAAUUGGAUGAGAUUGCGAAAAACUUCCAUGUUGUGAAAGCUGACAUUUUGAAGGAAAUUGCUGAAAAGAAAAGCAAGGAGAAGUAA